AUGCUCGUCCACUCGCCCGCCGGCCACGUCGCCGUUGGUUCACCGUUCGACGCUCAGGCCUACGCCCUGCCAAACACCGGCACGUCUGGCUUCGGCCGUGUGCAGGCGCUCCUCGACCUCGAGGCUGCCAAGAAGGCUGCGGCGGCACCGGCGGCACCGGCACGGCAGCAAAGCGCGGCCAGGCAGAUGCCCAGCAGAGUAGACGCUGACCGCGGAUCCAGCUCGAGCAUCACCGGGCUCAUCGGCGCCGAGAUGACCGACCACGUCCGGGUGCUCGAGGAUGCUCCAGAGCCACCGCAGGCGCUGGCGACAGAGACGCCGGUCAGAAGGGGUGCCACCUCCUCCAAGAAUCCGUCGUUCGUGGAGGAGGCGGAGGGUCCGGCCGACUGGCUGCUCGUGCUGGCCAAGUGCACCGUGCCCGCCUUGUUCGUGGCGGCGUCAGGCGCUGCUGCCAUCCCGGUCAACAACGCGCUGGGCGACGGCGAGGGCGCCGAGUUCUUCCGCAAGGCGAGGAGUCACCACGUGGGCCUCGCGCAGCUCCCUUUCACAGUCCAAGCGUCGGAGGAGUUUGCGGGCGGCGCGCUCAUCGUGACGUACGCGAUCGAGCUGUCGCAGGGGUACAUCACCAAGAAGGACGGCGCUCUCAGCAGGAAGCUGGUGGCGGCGACGCUGAUCGGGACGAUCUUCUCGGGCCAGCUCCAAGCCUUGGGCCAGGCGCUCUGGCCGCACGA